AUGGCUCUCCGGUCUAUAUUAACCAAAUUUGUUCAGAAAACUAAAUGUUCUGUGGCUCGUCGGUUUGUUACUGGCCGUGUGGAAAGAUGUCGUUUGCCGUCCGUCAAACCUUGUCCCACACAAUUUUCGGUCCUUUCCAAACCUUCAGAAUGGGGGCUCUUGUCUCGUCUAGCCGGUCGGUACUACACAGAAACCUUUGCAGCCGAAUUACGACGUCGGGCAGCCCUAAGGUUCCUUCUUAUUGGUCCCUGGGGUCGACAAAGUUGUACAACCAGCAGAAUGUCCAAUCUACCUGGCUUCUCUCGUCAUACUUACCUGCCAACGUUUGCUUUGAUUGGUUUCUCUUUUUUGACAAGACAUCCCUACGCUGACAGUCCAGCUGAACUUGAUGGAAUCAUCUCAGAAAUUAAGGAGACCCUAAAAGACACAAGUGGUGAGGAAUGUACAGAUGAAAAUAUUCAAAUCCCUAAAUCUUGGGAUGAUGUUGAACCUCUUUCAUUUCUUGCCAAGGGUUGCUCUGGGGCUGUUUUCACUGCUAAGUGUCGCAUCCCUACAACAGCUGGAGGUGGUCCCUGUGAACACUCUGAUGAUGGCUCCUCACUAAACACUGAACAAAGCACAAGAGAAAUUUAUGGUUUAACUGAGUCCUUACUCGACACAUCAGAAGAGAGUCCAAAUAUAUGUGAUGGAUCUGAAUCAGAGAGCUACUAUGAGGAUGAUUUUUCUAUCUUAAGUGAAUCUGAAGACAUUGUUCAAGUUUAUCCCUCUGAAGUUCAUACCUGGGAAUUUAUGGAUUCUGAUUCAUUGGUUGAUUUCAAGCUUAACUCACAAUCUGAAGGUUCUGCUGAAUGGUCAGAUGAUGACAUUUCCAUCAUAAGCGAAUCUGAAUUUGAUGAAAACACCUGUAAUACAGAGAUUCCAUUUUGUUUCCGUGGACCAUUAAGAACUCGAACCAGCUUCAGUACAUCUGCAGUCGAAAUAUCAAGAGUUCAGCCUGUUGAAGGACCACUUCCUCAAGCUGUUUCUGAGUAUUUUGAAAAAUCAGAGGAAGAGUCAACCGAUGAAGAAAAUAAAGCUGAUAUUGACACUUUGCAAGUUUCUCAAUCUCCAGAAGUUGUCAUAAAGUAUUUAUUCAACUAUGAUGUGGAAUCCAACUAUUCUCAAAUUUUGAAAAUGUUCUGGAAUGAAGCUCUACCCACUAAACUGGUUGGUGGUCAAGAACAGCUCUAUAGCUGGCUGACUGAUCAUGUGAAGAAGAAACUCCCUUCUCAUCACAACAUUGUAACAAUGUACAAUGUAUUCCCUGGUGCCAUACCUGAUCUAGAUGAAGCAAUGCAACACUUUGAGUGUGCACUACCACGGGACCGUUAUCCAAACAGCUUUGGGCGCAAUAUGACCUUGUGUCUCGUUAUGAAACGAUAUGAGAUGACUUUGAAAGAUUAUCUCUCUACUUAUAAUCCAUCAAUGAAAGUGCGUACUAUGCUCUUAGCUCAAUUGCUGGAAGGUAUCCUUCACUUAAGCAAUUAUACUGUGGCACAUCGGGACCUAAAAUCCAACAAUAUUCUUCUGGAAGGUGUUCCAACCACAGAUAACUCAGAUACUGUGCCAAUUAUAAUUCAGAAUUUGAUUCGGGGAUUGCUGGUUGAAGAUCCUGUCCAGCGUCUGGAUGCUCUAACAGCUACAAAUAUUGUGCAUGUCUACCUGUGGGGUUGGCCAGAAAAGUCCAACAAGAAAUUGAAGCCAUUCUUGCUCAAUUUGAUCAAUGAAGUGAAGAAAGAUGAACUGAAAGAGAACAAAAUGAACACAGAAUGUUGUCUGAAAAAAGCCUUUCUGGAGCGCCUCAACACCGAUGACCUGUUUGAUGCCGCUUUAUUUGUCUCCCCACAUCAUUCAUUUGCUGUUGACCUAAGAAAGGUGAUUAAAAAUUUUCAUUUGAAUGGAAGCUGUUAUGAUACUUCUGGUAAAGACAUUAGUUAUUUUAGCAACCAUAUUGGUUACAUGGUUGGCUCAAUGGUGAGUAGUGUGGUUCUUCUGAUCAAGACAUUGUUUUCUUUCACACCAAUGCUGAUUAUAUGGUUGGCUCUUCCUUGGGCAGUAUGCUCUGCUGGGUAA